AUGGCUAUCCUCCGUAAAAUCGCCGCGUCCUUGGCGAUUUCCUCCUUAAUGGGAGCUGCUGUUGCCCAUCCUGGCCCACGCUCGUCGUGCUAUCACCGGCUGCGCUCCAAAAACUGCCCCCUAAAGGCUCGUUCGGUUGCUCGUCGUGCUGCUACUGCUCAAGCACUUCGCGAGAAGCGUGGUAUAGCCGACAAGCGCAUGAAGUCGAAGCGAAGCCAGGCUGAUCUGGAAAGGUACUUGAACGUCACCCACGAUGUCUCGGAGUCAGGUUACUCUCUGGAUACCCCAAUAGACGUUAUCUUCGAAUCAAACGCGACGGCGGCUCUUGUGCCCGAGGUGACGAUUGGCCCUUACUGGGUUGCAGGCGAGUUGAUUCGGGUUGAUGUUACCGACAACGAGCCGGGCGUACCGCUUCACCUCGACCUGCAAUUCUUUGACCUCAACACAUGUGCAGCAGUGCCUAACAUGCUGAUCGAUAUCUGGCAUUCCAACUCCACUGGUACCUACAGUGGUAUUGCCAUGAUGGACCAGGCUGGCCUCAACACGACCUACUGUCGUGGUAUCCAGACCACCAACGAGGACGGUGUAGUCCAGUUCGACACUAUCUUCCCUGGCUUCUACAUGGGCCGAACGCCUCAUAUUCAUGUGAUGAGCACCACGAACGCCACCGUGCUCCCAAAUAACACUUAUGUUCUUGAUGGCAAGACCAACCACAUCGGCCAGCUCUUCUUCGACCAGAGCCUCAUCGACUCUGUCAUAGAGCUCGAACCCUACAGCCUCAACACACAGCCACUAACCCUGAACAUCAAUGACUGGAUUGACGCCCAGGCGUCUACCCCCGAGUAUGACCCUUUCGUCGAAUACAUCCAGCUCGGUGACAGUUUGCAGGAUGGUCUCCUCGCCUACAUAACCGUCUUCGUCGACACCACGGCUAACCAGACUGCCUACGCUCAUCCUGCUGCUCAUUACUACGAGGGAGGCGGUGUCGCUUCCCCCGGAGGAGGCUUCCCAGGAUUCCCUCCUGGCGGCCCCGGCUUCCCCCCUGGAGGACCUGGAGGACCCGGAGGACCCGGAGGCCCCGGAGGCCCGUUCCCCCCUCCCCCCAACAGCACGCGAGCCGCGUAA